AGACCUCGGGCGCAAUCCACACUGAAUCUCGCGCCGCGACCGCAUCGCUAUCAUCGGAUCACCAUUCGCGGCACCAGUUCGGAAUCAAGGAAUCAGUGCGUUCGCGUUCGCGGAGCAAGUAGCACGCAGUCCGGUCGUCCAGCCAGCCGAGACGCGAGGUGCGAUGUUAGAAGCGCGUGCCGCGACCAUUCCCAUCGCGUAUCGCCACGUGCUCUCCGAAAGGCCCGAUGCCAGGAUCUAGGGACAGGGAGCGGCAGGGCGACACUAUGUCCCAGUCAUGGUGAGGACGCUGCUGCUGGGACUACUGGUUGCUACGAUUUGCGGCAUCGCUGUGGGCUCGCCGGCGGCCGGUUCUGUGCCGGAAGGGCAGCCCUUCCGGCCGGAUCCGGGCCAGGAGCGCCAGGAGGAGGAGGACGAUCCGGGAGCGCGCAGCGAGAGGAGCACGAAUCUGACGGGUACCGCCAGGAAGAUCCAGAUGUUCAUCAAGAACAAGCACCUGCAGAUACUGCCGGAUGGGACAGUGAACGGUACCACCGACGAUACCAGCGCUUACUCUAUUUUGCAAAGGACCACAGUCGGUAUUGGUCGAAUGAAAAUCCAAGGAUUAGCUACCUGUCAGUAUUUAUGCAUGUCUCGAUGCGGACUGCUUUAUGGAUCGAGAGACUUCGGCGACGAGUGCGUCUUCAACGAGACCAUCGAGCAAUCGAACUACAACACGUACUCCUCCUGCAAAUACUCGAACGACAAGCGCACGUUCUACCUGGCGCUGAACCAGGGCGGGCAGCCGCGCAAAGUGAUGCUGCGCGCGCGCCGCCAGCUCGGCAAGCUCUCCUCGUACAUCCUCGUGCUGACGAAGAACUUCUCGCCCGACGCGCACGCGCAGGCGCAUCCCAUUCGGCACCAUGCGCACGGCUGCCCGCCGGCUGCGGCGCGCGCUGCCCAGCAACGGCCGCCCUCUCACCCGCAGCACUGCCCGAGGCGCAGGAAGCGCAAGAAGAAGAGGCGGAAGUGCGACGACAGCGAUCCCGGAUCGUGCCCGAAGAGACUCAAUGUGGCGAUGAAGCACAAAUCUCAAAGUCGAAAUAAUGUUAAGUGUGCGUCCGAUAUGAACGGUGAAUUGUGCCAAAGAGACGUUGACAAGAAGAGAAAGACGAACGUUGGUGUGUCGGAGCCGAAGAGAAAGAAGAAGAAUCGGAAGGGGGUGAAAAAAAGACUGAAUGCCGUCGAGACGGCGGAGAUGGUGACUACGACGACGACGACGAUGUCGCCGACUUCUACGUUGACUGUAGACUACGGGACUACGGUCGAUGAGGACUACGCUGUCGAUACGUCUACCCAUGCGGAUUGGGAUGACGCCAAAAACACCAUUUCUCCCCUAGCAGAUUCCGACUGACUCAUCUUUCACUUUUUAUUUAUUCUAUUAUUUAUUGAAUGUAAAUAAUUAUAUUUAAGGAAAUAUACCUCACCACUCUCAUUUUGGAAUAGGCGACUGGACAAGUAACGGAUUUUACACGUUUUACCCUUUAUAGCUAUGGUUCAAAAGCAAGGUACACUCCACCGCACACUUUCUAAACAUAUUUGCUUCAUUAUCUUCAAAGAUUAUAGAUAUAUUGUUUUUUUAACUAUUCAAAUGUGUUGUCGUAGUAAUUAAUUAUCGCGUUGUUCAAAAUUGAGCAAAUUAAAUGAAUGGCACUAUACACAGGAUGUCCCAGAGAUGAGUACCUUCCCCAAUUCUAACUACAGCAUAAGGGUGCUGGAAUGUAAAAGCGUCAUUCAAUUUUGACGAGCCUAUUUAUUAAUUACCUCUUAUUGUAGUUGAAAUUAAUAAGUUACUUAUUCUUGAUGUAUUCCUCUUCACGUCAUAAGAGUUGGAAUCUCAGCUCUAGGUUUCGACCGAUAGAUGCUAUUUCAGAAAAAUGCGUAUUCUGCCAAUAGGAUUCCUCAAAGUUUUCUGCUUGUUUCAUGACAACUAGCCUCGAGUGUAAUACUUUUGGUAUGUUGUCAUAUGCAGUAAAGAACAAUAAAUAAUUGUAUGAAAAUCAAAAAGGUUUCCAUAAUUUCUAAUUUGGCAACAGUGCAAGACGUGACGUGAUAAAUUCCUAUUGACGCGGCAAAUUUGAACCGUUUGAAGAAAACUAGGCAGCGAUAAAAUCAAUUCAAACCCACUUACAUGAAAAUUGAAAGCCUUUUUUGUUCCCGUCAGAAUACUCUAAUCGAUAUGAAAAACUGUCCAUUCGCCCAUUCCCUUAAAUGACUCAGAUCAAGAUCCAGGGGCGUGCUUAUAUAGGCUAUCGUGUUCCCAUCAAUAUUCAUUGGAUGUUGGUGAAGAUGAACCAGUGUUUUUAAUCACUGAAAUUGAAACAGUAUUCCACAAAAUUCAUUGAUACCAACGAAAACUGGCUAUGAGGAAUGGACGAGUAAAAUCAAGUUUUUAAAGUUGGAUUACUAAAUACAUUUUUUCAUUUAUGUUAAUAAAAGUGUUACCUAUUUCAAAUCUGACAAAAAUAUAUUUUUAUAAAAAAAAUAUUCUGGAAGCUACUGAAACUACCUUCUCCAAGUUCAGCUCUGUAUACUGUAUAAAAUGCCAAUGAAAUCGAGAAUAGUUUCAGCAACCCAGUGACAGGUGAGCAAGAGAGACGCCCCUGAACGAUCAACAGAUUCUGUUUCAUUGAAUUAUCUUGGCUAUUCAUCAUUCAACGUUCAGUUCCUAUGUUUAGGAAAUUAUGAAGUAAAUAGGCUGGGAAUAAAUCGAAAUGGCAAUAAUAUGUGCAAAGAUGUAGUAGAUAGUAGAAUUCCUUAUUAAACAUAAAC